GGACCUGCGGCGCGCGCGCAGCCCGCGGAACCCGGAAGCGGGCGCGCGGCGCUCUGGUCCCCGAGGGCUCUGGGGUAUGCAGCUGAGUCCGACUCCAUGAUGGCGCUGGAGCAGGGGCUGGGGUCCUCCUCGCCCCGGUCUUCUCAGCUCUUGGACGAAGUGCUCCAGAACCUCUACGACUUUGGAGAGACGGAAGAUGAAGCAGAACGGAAACGAGUCAGAAAGAAGAAGGAAAACAAGCAGAGGGAUGUGGAGACUCCAGUGGCCUUGGGGGCAGAGCCAGCUCCCCCACCUGGUUCCCCUGUAAGAGGCCAGAGGAAGAGCACUUCUGCCUUCUUCUUGGAGCUCAGAGAAGAGCUUCGGGGUUCCCCUGCCGCAGCCCCCACUGGUGCCCCUGCAGGACCACAAGUCCCUUGUGGUGCCGCAGCCCCCUGUCCCCUGGACAACAGGGAGCGAGUACAAGUGGUGGAAUUCCGCAGCAGAAGUAAAAAGAGAAAACAGAAGCCGGACCAAGAUGAGAACACAAAGACCAGAACUAGUGUCCUUGAGAAAGACGUGAAUACACAAGAAUUUAACUUAGAAAAGGCUCGGCUGGAGGUGCACCGGUUUGGGAUCACGGGCUACGGAAAAGGGAAGGAGCGAGUCCUGGAGCGGGAACGCGCGGUUAUGCUGGGCGCUCAGCCUCCCAAAAAGAGUUACGUGAAUUACAAGGUUUUGCAGGAGCAGAUCAAAGAAAAAAAGGCAGCAAAGGAAGAAGAAAAGAGAAUGGCCCGGGACACAGACAUUUUCAAGAAGAGGAGGAAAGGGCAGGAAGACGGGAAAUCCAAAAAGAAGAAAUCAGCUCCCAGCAUUCUGUCAAAUGGUCGGAUUGGACAGGUUGGAAAAUUCAAAAAUGGGACAUUGAUUCUGAGCCAAGUUGAUAUCAGGAAAAUCAAUUCUUCCCGAGUGGCUAAAUGAAGUGCCCUUGGCGCCGGAGAGAGGGACAGGAAGUGCCUGGGGCUGACAGGAAGUGCCUGGGGCUGACAGGAAGUGCCUCGGGCUGCGGCUGGGCCCUUGGGAGACGCCAGGCUGCUCGUACUUGGUUCCCGAUCCACAGGCUGCUUUCCAGGGGGAAGUCAGGGGGAGGCGGUAAAACUUCCAGUCGCUGAAGCAACUGUCUGCGCGUUGGGCCAACCACACGGUGUGAGAGCAAAGUAAACCAUUGGAAGGAA